GGGUCAUGAAACUAGCGUUUAUAUGAAAAGUAAACAAUAGGCAUAACUACGGCUGUGUAAACGAAACAUCUGUACUCUAAGUAAAAAUAAGUGCGCACAACCUUGUUUUAUGGAUCCGAGAUCACAAUUUAUAUUUUCUACUGCUCAAACAUAUUUCCAGCUGGACAGCAUAAACUUGAAUGAGCUUGAAAAUGAACGACAUGUCAGUAGUUUUUUAGAUUGCCUAAAUAUUUUUACUCUUGCUUGCUACCUCGGAAAAAACGGAAGUUUAUUGUUCUGUAAUGAGAUUGUACAUCAUGACAAUACAAAACAAAUGCUCGUGUUUGUCAAAUUACAACCAACCUACUUAAAUGAGAAAAAUUACAAAACAAACGUUAUGGUUUGUUCAAUUCCUGGUUCUCCAGUUCUUAGUUUCUACACAUCUAUCAGCAAAUUAUUCGCGCCUUUGUUACUAAAAGGUGAUGAUAAAUCAAUGUUACAAGACCCAAAGAUACAGAUAGCUCUGACGAAUCUGGCUGCCGGACUGUCUUCCAUCGUUAGCGAGGGUGAUGGCUCCGAAAACAUGACAAGUAUUUUCACACUCACGGAUGAAGUUAAUUAUUGGCGCAAUAAAUCAAGAUGCUGUUCGAAUAAUAAUGUAGAUGAGAUGAAGCAGUGUGAGGUUUUUGCAUCCCUUCUUGAAAGUCCAGCCAAAGAAUGCAAUCGUAUUGAGUCUUUAUCUCAAUCAGCCUUGGAUUCAAAUAUUGACUCAUUGGGAUUGUCUACUAAUUGUGCUAAUUCCACUCAAAAACAGCCUUCUUUUGGAGUUUUUCUAACAGAUUUAAUUGACAUUCUUGACUCGCUUUUGAUAGAUACGUUGGAUGAACUAUGGAGGUGCACUGAUCCACGGGUAAAACAACCUUAUCCAGAGCACAGGAUGAGCCGACUUAUUGAAAGUUUGAGUUACUGGACAAUACGCAUGAUCCAAGGUUUUCUGGGAAGUGUUCAGACGUUAUCAGAGAAAGCCAAAAUCACCAUCUCAAGUUUAUGGACGUUGCCUUUUGAUGAAGUUAAACAGGCUAUUCAACUAAGCAUUGAAGCAUGCGAACGAUGGAUAAAAUCUACUGAUUUAUUAACUCAACAAUUAUGGCCACGUUAUACACCACAUCCAUGGAAUGGUCCUCUACCAAAUUUGGCAUAUCUAAUCCAGUUUAAAAAUCGAUUGAAUGAAAUACUUAACUUACGAGGUUUAUAUGAACAAUUAUAUUAUUUUACAACACCCAUUGAACAUAAUCAAUUCAACAUGGAUUCUGGAUUACAUAAUAUCAUGUUUAAUACAUUCGAAUUUGACAAUCUUAAACAAGAGACAAUAUCACCAAUAUUAAAACAAUUUAUUAAUCCAUUAGCAUAUAAUCCUUAUACAAUUGAACAAUGGCAAUCUGUUAUACAAUUAAUUGAUAUACGUCUUCAACCAAUUGAAGAAUGUGCAAUUAAUAGAUUUCGAACAAAAUUACUAAGUUUAUCAAAUAAAGUUGAUUCUUCUGGUGUUACUUAUCCCAGUCGAAUGGUUGCAAAUCAAAUUUUGAUGGAAUUCCAGAAAUUUCAAUAUUUAAUUCAUCGUCCUAUUGCUGCAAAAAUUUUACAGUCAGAAAGAGAAUUACUCCUUGGUUAUUUGGAAGUUUCAUUGAAAGAGUUUCAUGAAGAAUUUUUAGCUAAAUCAAAUACUGCAAACUCAAAUCCACAUUAUCAUCAAGAACAAUCACAAAAAAAAUCUUCAACAAUUGUAGUUAGGAAUAUUUCCGAUUGUAUAAAUCAAAUGCUUUGGGGAGGACAGAUGAAAUGUCGUAUACAAGAAGAAUUUAUGCUUGUAAAAUUUCUUUUGUCUGAUUUACAACGUUUCAGUGUAUAUGAACAGGAAGCGCUGAGUUUAAUUGAACAAAUUGAAGACUGGCACAAUGAACAAUUUCAAGCAUGGUCGCGUGAUAGACUCUUAUCACUUUCGACAACAAAGGAAUCAAAUCAAUCCUCAUUAGCAUUUGAUCCAAAUGGUCCUCUGUUGAAUUUAUCUACAGUUGAUGGUCAUUUAGAAGUCGGAUUCCCAGAUGGUUUAGUGCAGUUACAACGAGAAGUGAAACUAUUGUCUGGAUUAGGCUAUCCGAUACCUUACAAACUAAUACAGGCUACAAAUGAAGCUGAAAAGAUAUCACAAUAUGCAGUAAUGUUGAGACAGGUAGCUCAUUUCUAUAAUUCUAUUGAUAGCGAAAUGUUACCAUUUCAAAAACCUUUAAUGCUUAAUUCAGCAUUAGCAUUUGAACGUCUAAUUAAAUCAUAUAAUUGUAAACAAAAUUUCACUAAAGAAAAUUUAUUAAGUUCAAUUACAUGGAAUCAAACAGAACAAGUACAACAAUAUAUUCAACAAUUACAACAAGCAACUCAACAAUUAAUCAGUGAAAAUCGUCGUCUACGUAAAGUACAUUAUAUGCUCAUAGAAAGAAUUAUCAAACUAUUGGAUAUUGAUUUACUACGUAAUCAAUCUAAAUGGAGAAAUGAAUUGAAUGAAAUGCGAUAUCAAUUAUCUGAAAUUGCUACCAAUGGUGGCUAUCCAGCUAAUCAUAUGGCACCAUGGAGAGCAUUUCUAGAUCAUCAAUUAUACAAAGUAUUGGAAUAUCAAUAUAGAAGAGGAUUAGAAGAAAUUAGUGAACGAAUGCCUGAAAUGCGUGUUGAUAUGGUUUAUAUACAAUCAUGUUUAGCAUUUCGACCACCAUUUGAAGAAAUAAAAGCUAAAUACUAUCGUGAAUUAAAAAAGUUCAUUUGUAUUCCGAACAAUUUUCGUGGAUUUAAUGAAUUUAUUCCAUCUGUUGGUGAUAAUUACAGUAAUAAUAAUAGUACAGAUCGUAUGACUACUACUUCCAUAUCUAAUAUGAAUAAACAUAUAUUCUCAUGUAUAAUUGAUAAUCAAGAAAGUGGCUUACGUAUAUGCUAUAAAAAAGCUGAAUUCUUAUUUACUCGACUAUUUGGUAGUUUAGAACAAUUUCAAGAAUGGGUUAUAUUAGGUAGUUUAAAUUUAGACGAUUUUGUGGAUUUACAUUGUCGUGAUUUGGAUGAUUAUGAAAGGAAUUUCAAGGCUCUGAAAAUACGUAGUCGUGAUAUAGAAAAAUUGCCAAAUGAAAUACGUAUUGAUUGUAUUAUAGUGAAUUGUUUACCAGUUAAAAUAGCUAUUGACAGUUUACUUCAGAAUUUAUUCGACACAUUACAAAAUUGUCUACGUAGAUCAAUUCAUGUUGAUUUAGUAGCUGCAGAUGGAUUUUUAACAGAUUCGUUAGAAAAGCUUUCCAGCCGACCUCAAACAAUUGAUGAAUUGAUUGCAGCUAAAUCACAAUACAAUGAGUACAGUAAAACAGUCAAUCAUUUAAAUGAUCAAAUUCAAUGUGCUGAAAGAAAAAAUCAACUACUUUGUACAGUAUCCGGUAAUGGUGUUACAACUAUAGCUGCAGUAAAAACGAAAUGGGAAAAAUUCAAUGCAAUGAUGGAAAGUUUCCAAUUUAUGAUGAAUGAACAAUUAGAAAUUUUAAAGUUAAAUGUUAUCAAUGAAACAAAUGUUUAUUUUAAUAAUUUGGAACGUUUUAAAAAUCGUUGGAAUCAACUUAAACCAGGCAAAAAUGUAUUAGAUUCUAAUAGUAAUAAUAAUGAAUUAUGUCUAUCUGCUGUAACAAUGAUCAAAGAAUAUGAAACUGAAUUUCGUGAAUUUGAAUUGAUACGUCAAAAGUUAAUACGUGAUUAUGAGUAUUUUGAUAUGCCUAAACCAGAAUUUUCAUUGGUUAGUGAAUUAGCCAAUGAUUUAAAUGAUUAUUCACUUAUGUGGUUAGAAUAUGAUAAUUUUUCUAAGGAACUUCAAAACUAUGCCAAAGAAGAUUGGAUAUCAUUUAAAUCACGUUAUUAUGUAUUUGAAGAAUUUCUAACAGAAUGGUCUAAUAAACUUCGUUCUUUACAACCAACUCCAAUGACUGUUCGAUUACAAAAAGAAAUUGAUGGAUUUAUGGAUCUUAUACCUGUAUUGAAAUGGUUAAAAGGUGAUCAUCUAACAAGAGAUCAUUGGUUUGAAUUAUUUCGUUUAAUUGGAUUAUCGAAAGAAUUAAAAUUAGAAAAUUUAUUAUUUGGUGAUUUCUUUCCAAUUAUACCUAAUAUAAUUAGUCAAUCUGAUAAGCUAAAGUCUCUUUCACAACGUGCACAAGCUGAAAUUGUUGUUAGAGAAGCUUUACAAGAAUUAGAUUUAUGGGGUUCUGGUACUACAUUCACACUAACUGAAUAUAUUGAUAGUUCUGGACAAAUUGUGUACUUGGUAAAAGAUUGGAAAGAAAUUGUUAGUCAGGUUGGAGAUAAUCUGGCUCUAUUGGCUUCAUUACAAGAUUCUCCAUAUAUAGAUAAUUUUUUGGAUAGAUCCAAUGCUUGGGUACAACGUUUAACUGACUUGGAUUAUUGUUUGACUAGAUUUCAAUUAGUACAACGUAAAUGGGUUUACUUAGAACCAAUCAUGGGCCGUGGUGCAUUGCCAAAAGAAACUGCACGAUAUGCACAAAUCGAUGAAGAAUUUCGUAAACUAAUUGGUUAUUUGAAAGUAGAUAAUCGUGUUAUUAGUUUAGUUAAUGGUAUGAAAGGUAAAGCUUUGAAGGAUACAUUAAAUAAUUUACAGGUAUGUUACAAUACUUUGUUAAAUCCUUCAAUCUUUCUGGAUUAUUUAUUUUUGAAUUUCCUAUCAAAAAUACAGUAUAUUAUAAUACAGAACUUUUUGGAUUUAAGGACUUGUUGUGGGUAACGGUAUAAUAGUAUUAGAGAAUAACAUCUAAGCGUUAGCCAGAAUCUACAAAUUACUCUGAAUUCUUAAGGAAACGUAUUCGAGUUAGAUGCAGAAACGACACAGAAUCUUGCUCAAUGUGUACUGAUCAAGAUUGCUUGGCAUUUUUUUAUCAUUAGUAUAGUGAUCGAAAAUUAAGAGGAAGAGGGAAACUAAGAUGUGAAAAGCUACACAAAACUGUCAAACAAGACUAGAGAUAUGUAAUAUUUAGAAGAAUACUAUGCUCUUAAUUCAGGUUAAAAUGAAAAUUGAGUGUAUCUGAACUAUUAAAAUUAACUUUGGAUCUAUAUCAAUUGUCUAAAUUAUCAAAAUAAUAAAGAUUGGUUGAGUAACAUGAGAAUUAGAAAAGAAUGAAGUGUAACUUAGUAUGAGAACAGAAAUACACAUAAAUCAGAAUGAGGUAAGUAUAGAGUAGAAUAGAUAAGAGUUGAUUCAUACAAUUGUUCAUAAUGACCAUAGUCGGGAAAAUUGUGGAAAACGUUUUCUCCCUAUAUAUAGUAUGUGAUGUUUUAAUCACACUGUUGUCAGUACAAGAUAACGUUUUCAACACAGUGUUGAUGAACCAGAUGAAAAAUUGAGUGGACACCCAUCUCCGAGAUCAACAGGCUGGAUUCCGUAAGGAUCGAUUGUGCACACACCAAAUUGCAACACCAAGAAUCAUUGUUGAGCAAUCAAUUGAAUGGAACUUGUCACUAUACAUCAACUUAAUUGACUAUGAGAAGGCUUUUGACAGUGUGGAUAUGAGAACUUUGUGGAACUCUCUUCCAGAGUAUGGUGUGCCUCAGAAGAUCCUCAUCAUCAUCAUCAUCCGGAAUUCAUACGAUGGGAUACACUACAAAGUCGUUCACAUAGGACUGCUGACAGACUCAUUGCUAGUGAGGACGGAAGUCAUACAAAACUGCCUACUCUACCCUAACUAUUUCUUCUGUUGGUUGACUGGAUUAUGAAGACCUCAACAUCUGAGAACUACUACAACCAUCAUCAAAAAGUACAAGUACUUAUAAAUAAUUGUUUACACAAGAUACUCAACAUCCAUUUGCCGGAAACUAUCAGCAACAAUCUAUUAUGGAAGAGAACCAGCUUCCAGCUG